CUGACUGACUGCUUGGGACGGCACCGGGAUUCCUUCAUUCCAAGCAAAAUGUGUAACUGUUAGACGGAAGCCUUGCGGCGAUAAUGCAAUAUCCAAACUAUUUCAAGUUUAUCGUAGUCUAGGCUGUGUGUUUUGGGAGCGAAUCUCAACAAAGACGAGCGUCCACCUAAUGUUCAUGUUUUCUGAGGAGCCGCUGAGUAUUUCGUUCGAGUUGAGACACGUAGUUUAGCUGCUGUCCAGAUGUCGGCAGAUAGGCGCAAGGUUCGGUCGCAUUGACCGGUGCACUGCAGGCGCUGACACCAGUGUUUGCCGAGAGAAAUAACUAGCUCAUUCUAUCAGAACAGAGUGGCCUCGACUCGACAUGUUGGGAAAACGGCUGUUGUGGUGGUCGUGUUUGUGCGCUCUGGCGCUUGUGUUGCAGACAUUACCUGGGACGUUUGCUGAAUCACUGCCGAGCGCUGCCAAAAGUCUGGUCUGGGGACCGGGUCUAGAGCCGAAGGUGAUCCUCCCAGCGCGUUAUUUCUUCAUUCAAGCUGCUGACAGCGACGGGAGAAAUUUCACACGCUCACCUGGAGAGAAGACGUUCGAGGUGAAGAUCUCAUCGCCAACGGAACCGUUCUCCCGGAUCUGGAUCCAGGUUCUGGAUCGGAAUGAUGGUUCCUUCGUGGUGCGGUACCGUAUGUAUGCCAGCUAUACGGACCUCCACAUCCAAGUUCUGCUGCAGGACAAGGACGUAGCCCGGUCUCCGUAUGUUCUCCAAGGUGCAGUGUAUCAUGAGGGUUGUGACUGCCCAGAGCCUGAUGGCCAGGUGUGGGCGGAGCUUAUGCAUUGUCCCGCCUCCUUCCCUCAGAUUGACAGCGACCUGUCGCUCUUCCCAGAGGUCCACCUGCAGACCAUCGCCGAGGAGAUCCCCCGACGCUUCGGCCAACGGCAGAGCCUGUGCCACUACACCGUCAAGGACAACAAGGUCUACAUUAAGACUCACGGGGAGCAUGUGGGCUUCAGGAUCUUCAUGGAUGCCUUCCUCCUCUCGCUCACACGCAAAGUGCGUCUGCCAGACCUGGAGUUUUUUGUGAACCUCGGUGAUUGGCCGCUGGAAAAGAGGCGGCCCCCUGAGAAGCUCCACCCCAUCUUCUCCUGGUGUGGGUCCAAUGAGACGCGAGACAUCGUCAUGCCGACAUAUGACAUCACAGAGUCUGUCCUGGAAACCAUGGGCAGGGUGAGUCUGGACAUGCUGUCUGUGCAGGGCAACAGUGGGCCAGAGUGGGCGCUGAAGAACAGCAGUGCUAUCUGGCGCGGGCGGGACAGCAGGAGGGAGCGUCUGGAGCUGGUGAAGCUGGCGCGUGCCAACCCUCACCUGCUGGACGCCGCCUUCACCAGCUUCUUCUUCUUCCAGCACAACGAGAGCCUCUACGGGCCACUGGUCAAGCACAUGUCCUUCUUCAGCUUCUUCAAGUAUAAGUACCAGAUUAACGUUGAUGGGACGGUGGCGGCCUACAGGCUUCCGUACCUGCUGGCAGGAAGCAGUGUGGUUCUGAAGCAAGACUCCGCCUACUACGAGCACUUCUACAGCCAGCUGGUGCCAUGGCAACACUACAUUCCCAUCAAGGCUGACCUCAGCGACCUGCUCGACAAGAUCCGCUGGGCUCAAGACCAUGACGACGAGGCUAAGAAGAUAGCGUUAGCUGGACAGGAGUUUGCACGCACAUACCUAAUGGGAGACAACAUCUUCUGUUACUACUUCAGACUGUUCCAGGAAUACGCUAAGCGGCAGGUGACUGCACCAGAGGUGCGAGAGGGGAUGGAGUUGGUGGGACAACCCACGGAUGAGCUCUUCCCCUGCUACUGUCACCACACACAGGCCAAGGAUGAGCUUUGACAAGAAAAGCAUCCCCCCGCUCUGCAGUUCCAUAUGACAGGAAGAGCAUCCCCCACUCUGCAGUUCCAUAUGACAGGACUUCCCGCUCUGCAGUUCCAUAUGACAGGACUUCCUGCUCUGCAGUUCCAUAUGACAGGACUUCCUGCUCUGCAGUUCCAUAUGACAGGACUUCCCGCUCUGCAGUUCCAUAUGACAGGAAGAGCAUCCCCCUGCUCUGCAGUUCCAUAUGACAGGACUUCCUGCUCUGCAGUUCCAUAUGACAGGACUUCCUAAGUGCACAUUGUGGGGUCGCCCCUCCUCUAUGUAACACAGUAACAAUUCUACUGAAUGUUCCUUUUGUAAUAAAGAUUUUAAUAAAUAUUUUUCCAAUACGUGUUUUUGAA